CACAUGCUUAGUCACUUCCCCAGGAUCACCUGGGCAUCAUGAUAGUGCUCUACUUGAAGCUGUUUGCGCUCCUCUAAUAUUGCUCUCUCUUUGUUUGACCAUAUCUUCGUGCACUGCCUCUAUAAGAUAUCUUUCCCUGCUGUCUAUUUUGGCUUUCAUUUGUGUUGCUCUCCCUUGACCACCAUAUUGUCCUACGCAUUUAGUGAAGCUCCCAAUUGCACGCCGUGGCUCUCACAGCUUACAUUUCUACCUGUCAUAUUAUCUUCGUGAUCCAGUACAAGAUGCCGUUAUCGUCCGAAAUGCGCGACAAAUAUACCGAAAUUAUCGACACGAUCUUGGCCGAGAGUGAUCUCAACACCAUCUCUGAGAAGCGGAUUCGCAAAGGUCUCCAGGAAGCCGUUGGCUAUGAUCUCACUCCGCAGAAGACGGAGAUCAAGCAGCUCAUCAUGGAGCGGUUCGACCGAUUCGCCGAGCAGAAUGGUGUCGGGUCGCCCGAGGAAACCACUACAAGCAAUGGCCAGCGCGAUGGCGAUUCAACUUCUGCUGCAGUGCCAUCCCCGCCUCCUUCGUCGUCCCCGGUGAAGCGCCAAGCUUCCAGCGACGUCACUUCCGAGCCCGCCAGCGCAUCGCCGCCAGCUAAGAAACACAAGUCCGAUGAUGUUGAUGCGGAUGCGAUGUUCGCAGCAAGACUCCAAGCUGAGGAGAACUCGCGCGCGCGACCAACUCGGGGAGGAAACUCACGACGGGCGGCUGCUCCUAAGAAGAAGACCAAGAAGGCAAAGACAUCAACCAGGGUCAGGGCAGAGGAUGAUUCAGAUAUUGGCUCAGGCUCAGAGACCAAGGAGAAGAAGGAGGUAAACCGGAAUACUGGAUUCCAUAAACCCUUGAACCUUUCGGAACCUCUCUGCGCUUCUGGGAGAAAUCACAGUCUUUCGCGGCCGCAAACCGUCAAAAAGGUCUGGCAGUACAUUCGUGAGAACGAGCUCCAAGAUCCCAGUGACCGUCGCCAAAUUCGAUGCGAUGAUGCCAUGCGUGCUGUCUUCAAACAGGACCGAGUCCAUAUGUUUACCAUGACCAAAAUUUUGAACCAGAAUCUGUACAAUCCCGACGAAUAGUCACUUGUGAGAGAUGACUUUGAUCAUGGAAGGACAGGCUCUAACCCAAGUCCUGUCUCAUAACGAUUCUCCUUGGUUUAUCAUUCUUUUUGCAAUGCAUGUGGAUGCUGGCGCGGAUAUUUUUAUUAGCAGUAUUUUAGCAAUUUUCUGUCGCCAUUUAUGUUAUUUGACUUGAUCGUGCCCUCCAGCGGGUGUUGGUGUAGCAUUUCCCAGAUGAAUUUAUAGUCUCAAAGGUCCUCGCCCUCGGUCAUUGAUCCUUAACCCCGUGGAUUUGCAUCCUUAAGAUGUAUAUUAUAUUAACCCCCGAUUGGGUAUGAAGUGAACCUCUAUAAAUUUGGGAGUU